CUCAUUCCAUACCUCCUCUCCCAGCCUUUCAUCUCCAUAAACUCUUCCGCCCAAGUGGACGCUGGAGCCCCUGUUCUUGUUCUGCCAGUCGUCCUUUGGGAGAAGGGACCAAGAUCCUGGGAAGGAGAAGGACCCAGAAUUUCUGGUUUCCAGGCAGAGCCUCCAGUCAGGCAGCAUCGAUGCGCUGGCUCCGAAUGUGAGAAAAUACCGCGCAGGCCUUACAUUCUGUUGAGUACUUCUCGAAUACCCGCAGAGUAUGAAGCUGUUGAGUCCUACUAGGAAAGAAAAGGUUUCCACGAAUAUGACCGAAAAAUGGGUCUUUCCGCGUAACACAGACAUAAAUGUUCAGAGAAGUAUUUAGUCCUUUAACGUGGUACUCCCCAGGUACCAGACGCUGAGAAUAUGAUAUGCUCUCCAAAUCCUUGGUGAUGGAAUAUUUGGCUCAUCCUGGUGCACUCAGCUUGGCUGCCGGAGUUGCUUGUGGCAUGUGCCUGGGCUGGGGCCUCCGUGUACGCUUUGGGAUGAUCCCCAGAAGCUCGGUCAGCGAGACAGACACAGAGACUGGAAGUGAAGCAAGCAUCUUAGGAGAGAGUGGGGAGUAUAAAAUGAUUCUUGUGGUUCGAAAUGACUUAAAGAUGGGAAAAGGGAAAGUGGCUGCCCAGUGCUCUCAUGCUGCUGUUUCUGCCUACAAGCAAAUUCAAAGGAGAAACCCUGAGUUGCUCAAACAAUGGGAAUACUGUGGCCAGCCCAAAGUGGUGGUCAAAGCCCCUGAUGAAGAAACCUUGGUUGAAUUAUUGACCCAUGCGAAAAUGCUAGGACUGACUGUAAGUUUAAUCCAAGAUGCUGGACGUACUCAGAUUGCACCAGGCUCUAGAACUGUCUUGGGAAUUGGGCCAGGACCAGCAGACCUAAUUGACAAAGUCACUGGUCACCUAAAACUUUACUAGGAAUUUUGUAUGAUAGUCCCAACAUGAUGUGCUUGGAAACUGUAAAUUCUAACAAUAAAAGCUGAAUUUCUUCCCACA